GAAGUCAGGGCUCAGGAAUCAGGGUCUUUGUUUCAUCCUUGUCUUUUAUCUUGGCCUCUGCCUCCCACCAUCAGUUCGAUCCCUCUGGUCUUCGUGAGCCUGUUCUCUCCCCUCCAGUUAGCGAGAAUUACCACAUCCAUCAAUCGUUAUCUCAACAGCGAGAUUUUCUUCCCAACCUCCUGCCGUUUUGCUGCAAAGCCCUCCCAGCACCUUUCCUAUUGCAGCCCGCGGGGCCCCAGUCAUGGGAUCUGCUUUGCUAAUGUCCUGAAGUUAUCACUGGGGACUGGUCUGGGUCUCCUGGGAUGGGGGGAUGAGAGUGGGAACCACCCCCUCUUGUCCUGGGGGAUGCCUGGAUCCCCUAAAUAAUAUACGGGUCCUGUCUUCCUGGGAUGCGUGGGCUGGUGCGGCGUGUCCGGAGCACGCCUGCCCUCGGCCAACGCUGGAGAGGAUGCCCAGAAGCGGGUGGAGGGGGGCACGCGCUGUCCUUGACUCGCUGGAGGAGACAAUUCGGCCCUGGCAGGAAGCUCCCUGGGACUUUUCCAUUCCCCCCACCGGUCCCAGAGCACCGGGGUGUCAGUUUUCCCUGCACGAGGCUGUUGGCAGGGUCCGGGCUGGGUGGCUGCGGGCUCUGCUCCCUGAUCCACUCCCCUGCUGCCCAGCUUCGGGCAAACCCUGGUCUCGCCUCAUGCCUUGCCCCCCCCUUGCCAUAAAUAACUUUUCUUUGCCAAACCCCUUUAGCUCAGCGGUUCGGUCUGUCCCGCAGCAUCCCAGCUCCUCUUGCCACCUCCCUCCAGCAAUGGCAGCCCCUCUGCCCUGUCCUCCCCUGCAUCACCCCAGCACGUUCCCCCCACGCAGGGAGCAAAGAGCCGAUGGGUUUCUUUGCUUGGAACUCCGGGAAGCCGGUGUCCAUCCCGCUCCCACUGCCAUCCCCCCCGUCCUCUCCCGCAGGGAGGUGAUAAACACCGGUGAGGCUGAGCUGGGUUGGGGGGGCUUUUGCAGGUGGUACAGUGGAAAACAGGCUGGAGAAAAGCAACAGUUGUUUUUCUGGACAGACUAUUGCACAAGGGGGCUGGAACACGGCUGUGCUUUCUGGAAAGCCUACCACAUGGCUGGCCCCUUCUCCCUUCAUCCUCAACCCUCUCGCACACGCGGCUUUGUUUUCCUUUAACACCCAAGGGUGUUUCUCCCCCCGUUAAAGCUCAGCUGUCAGCUGGACAUACCAGGCGCUUGCCAACACCGGCGGCAGCAGUCAGGUGAUGGACCAAAUGUCCGCAGGCUCCCCCAGCUCCGUCAUUUCUCGUACUUGAACCACACCGAGAAGCAGCAAGAAACCCAGCCUGGGCAGCACCCUGAGCCCACACUCGCCGCUGAGCCCGGACCGGCCACAUAAACCCAGCAGAUACCAUCGCUGAAAACCCGCAGUGGGUGUUAACUGGCCCGGCGCACUAUGUCCCAAACUCCUCUUCUUCGCUGCUACUAAAGGGGAGCGAGCCCCCCCCUCCGCCUUUCACCCAGCACCAUGGUGGGACAGAGCCCCCUGAACCCCAGCGAGAGCAGGACCGCCGUCCUCCUGGAGCCCUUUGUCCAUCAGGUGGGCGGCCAUAUGAGCAUGAUGAAGUACGACGAGCACACGGUCUGCAAGCCCUUGGUCUCGCAGGAGCUGAGCUUCUACGAGUCGCUGCCCUUGGCCAUGAGGCAGUUCACGCCCCAGUACAAAGGCAUCGUUUCUGUGCACCUCAAAAAGGACAGCCUCGGCAACCUGACCCUGAUCGCCAGCCCCAACCUGCAGACGGAGAGCUGCGGCCGGCUGGAUAACGCCAUCGGCGACUCCUCGGUGACGAUAUGGCACAAAUGCAAGUGGGCUGCCAGCACCGGCACCGGCAGCGAGCACACACUCGUCAAGUGGAGUCACACGCAGGUCACCAAGACCUUCAAAGACAGCUGCCCGGGGAAGAUGCUAUUGAGGACAGAGCUUCAGUACCGCACAGAUUCACUUUUGGAAGAUGCAAAUGGCAACCAGCCAGAAAGAAACAGCUACAACCCCUGGGGACUGCACUGUCACAGGCAGCACCUGAACCGCAUGUCCUCCAAGCAUAAUGAGAACAAACUUCAUCAGUUUCUAUUGCUCGAAAAUGUGGUAUCAAAAUACAACUAUCCCUGCAUCCUGGACUUAAAGAUGGGAACCCGGCAGCAUGGCGAUGACGCCUCGGAGGAGAAGAAAGCCCGGCACAUCAAGAAGUGUGAACAAAGCACCUCUGCGUCUCUGGGCGUUCGCAUCUGUGGGAUGCAGGUUUACCAAGCGGACACUGGCCAUUUUCUCUGCAAAGAUAAGUAUUACGGAAGGAAACUCUCACCUGAGGGAUUCAGGCAAACCUUGCACCAGUUCCUGUGCAACGGUAACCACCUCCGAACAGAUCUCCUGGAGCCCAUCAUCCUGCGGCUAAAAGCUCUGCUUUCUGUCAUUAGGAAGCAAAGCUCUUACAGGUUCUACUCCAGCUCACUUCUCAUCAUUUAUGAUGGACAGGAGCACAAGGAGAACACGGCACCCUUGGAUAAUCACCUUCACUUCCAAAAAACAAACUGCACCACGUCACAUGGCCCUAAUCCCUCCAGAGUUGAUGUCCGGAUGAUAGACUUUGCCCACACCACUUUUAAAGGCUCCAAAUGCAAUCACACCACUUACGAUGGGCCAGACCACGGCUAUAUUUUUGGCUUGGAGAAUCUCAUCAAAAUCCUUCAGAAUAUCUCAGAAGGAAAAUGACAAAUUCUGUGAAAUAGCCUGGAUUUACUAGUGACCGAUAGCCCUGAAAAGUACCGCAUUGGGUCAGCUAUAUGGGACCCUCGCAGCUGCUGGAUGUCACGUGCACGGUUUGGAAUGAGAGCAUGGACAGCUUGCUAGGAAAGUGCAAAAAACGCUACGUGCCAUUACUGAACUCAAGCGUACAAAGCAAAGAGCUGAAAGAAUCUGUUCUGCCUGCAAUCAAUCAGAAGAUUUAUUUUCCUUUCUUGUUUUACUGCUGUCCUUGAUUUAUUUGUGAGCCAAAAGAAAGCAUUACUUGAAAGAGUCUUAAUGAUAAAAUAGGACCUGCUCACCUCCACGCUCACGAAACCAAGCAGGCUAAGGAGAUAUUGUGCAUUUGAGGGAGACUAUUAAAAUGAGCUGGCAGGUCUCAACAGAUUGCAGUGUUACUUUCAACUCAUGCUCAACGUUACGAGCUGAACAAAAAGACACAAGCGGGAGAGAAAAAUGCACACCCUGACAUUCACACUCCACACGCCCAGUGCUGCGAGACGGUCAGGUGUUCUCCGUACAGCGCGGGUGUUGAAACACAGGCGUACGAGAUGCUCCAGAGGUUCUGUGCUGCUUAAGGUAUAAAAGCAGGGGGACCUCAGACCAAGAACUGGACCUCGCAAGGUUUAAUAUCCCUGUGGGAUUAUAACAGGGCAUGUUUCAGAAACCUUCUAAGCAAGGGGCUCUGUAGGGGCUGGAAGUAUUGGAAAGCGAUGAUUCUGUCAGAUACCAGUCACGAAAAAUGUUCACGUCGAGGUAUUUUUGCUUAAAAAAAGAAAAAAAAAAAAAGAAAAAAAAAAGUCUGAGAUUGAGUCAGGGACUAAACAUUAAAGGUCACCUAGAAAUUCUUUGAUACAAAUAUUGUGUGUGUGUUUGAAGGAGAUAAUAACAAAAGACUCAAAAUAAUGUUUACAGCUUUUGUGGACAGAUUUUAUUAUUACAGAACAAACAUAAUUCCUUCCUGCAUGGUGUGGGAAACCUGAAAGAGAAGUCCUUACACAAGGAAUAGAGCUACAGAACCCCAUUAUUGGGGAGUGGGGAUAUAAAUAAAAUUGUCUAAGUAACUCUCA